AACCAUUUCUCUCUUUCCUUUUAGACUAUUCUCUCCUUUCUUCCCCUACUUGAUUCUUCUCCCUUUUCCUUCCCCCUUUUGAAUGUCGUUCCCUUGAACCCUAACUUUUAAUUUCUUCUAUCGUCUUCUCCGAGUCAGUCGCCGAUCACCGGUGGCUGACAAGGAAACCCUUCUUGUUUCUUCUAAACCUCCCCGCUCUUUCCUCGAAACCUCCGCUCCCACAAGCCCUCUGUCAAAAGCUCGCCUCUCUUCCUUACCGAUGGCGCAGAGCAAGUGUGUUAUUGCUUCUUUUAAAUACAUUGAUGAUGAACGAAUGGAUUGGAUCACGGUUGCCUGUGAUGGUCCAGUACCUGGAACUGAAGACUUUGUCAAAAAUUUUGCCAUCACACCCAAUCUGGUAUAUGGCUUCUCGGGUGAUGUUGCAACUGGGGCUGGCCAUGUUAAUGCUAUGCGAGAACGAGGAAUUACCACUGUUGAGGCUGCUUUAGCCUAUCUCAGAACAAAUAAGAGGACCAUCAAAUCUUUGAUUGCUGGAUUUGAUAGGGUAAUGUGCUUUCUGGUGGUUCAUUUUGAUGUUUGCUUUGGUUUACUUUGGGAAAUUGUGGCUAAAAUGUAUUUUGAUCACCUUUGA